AUGCUCGAUGUUCUGGAACGUUAUCAGAAGGGAACAACGGAAGAAGUGGCAGUGCUAAAUCGAACUGGUCGUUUUCUUCGGAUUUUAUUUCGCGUUAUCACCACAACGUGUAUUAUUUGCGGAGCAGCCUUUGCGUUAUAUCCAAUAUUCGCAUAUUACAAAACAGGUGCUUUAUUACCUUUGUUGCUAUACGAGCUACCGUACCUUGAUUGUAGCACCAUCACUGGAUAUGUUUUCAAUAUGUUGUUUCAACUAAACCUUCUCGCGGUCGGUGUUAUGGGAGUGCUGCUUGCUGAUUUAUUGUACUUGAUGAUCGCGAUGUACGCAAUGACUGAAGCCGAUAUUUUUAUUUUACACCUUGUUGAGCUUGAAGCCAUGCUGAAUGAUCCCAUGAAAGAUGAUACAAAGAGACCAGCCAUACGAGAAAAGUGGGUGCAGUGCAUGUUCGAUCAUCAACAGGCGACUAGCUUCUUGAACACCGUCGAAGACAUCUUUGGAAUCCAAUGUCUAGCGCAAGUGGUCAUGGGCGUGUUUGCGAUAUGUGUCUGCAUGCUGCUAGUAGUGUUGACGGAUUGGUAUCCUACGUACUGCUUUUUAUUGGUUAUGUUUUCGGAGCUUACCGCUUACUUCGUCGUGGGCCAUAUCAUUGAGCUUAAGAUUGAUGAAAUGUACGAUAAGAUCAUAUCCAUGCCAUGGUACAAGCUCCCGGUGAAGGAACAGAAGGAGUUUUGCUACCUCGUAUCCAGACAACAGCGUCCCAUGAUGUUGACGGCUUUCGGGUUUCAUCCAAUGAAUUUCGAGGCGUACAUGAGCGUGUUGAAAGGUUUAUACCAGUUUUUUGUAAUGAUCAUGCAGUACUUCGGAUAA